AUGCGUGAACUAGGCUUAGCCUAUCAGAGUAAACGCACCUCACCACGUUUCUAUGUGACCCAAUUGGCUUUGGGUUUGGCCAGUGGUCAUACAGGCCGUUCAGACCCAUCUGCACCGGUUCCAGGAUGCACAUCUGGGGCAAUUCCAACGGGUGUUACUGCCCCGGAUCAGUCGGACGGAGCGUCUAUGCUUUCCCGUUUGUCUGCUACUAGUUCGUCUGAUGUGGGUUAUAUACUGCUGGAAACCAAUUUCAGGCUGUACGCUUACACAGACUCCCAUUUGAGAACCGCGUUAUUGAGCUUGUUCAGCAAAAUUCGUGCACGAUUCCCCAAUCUCGUUGUGGCAGAUAUAACACGUGACUCGGUUCGCGAGGCUCUGAUUCGUGGAAUAACUGCCGAUCAGAUUAUAUCCUAUCUUGUGAACAACGCUCAUCCGGACAUGUUGCGAGGGCCUCAAAUACUUCCUCCAACUCUAGUCGAUCAGAUUCGUCUUUGGGAGCUGGAGCGUGAUCGAUUUGUUUUUCAAGAAGGAUGUCUCUACGAACAGUUUUCGAAGAGCACAGAUUUCGAAAUGGUUCGAGACUAUGCUAAGAUUUCUGAGCUGAAGUCUACACUUCCCAAGCUGUUGUUUUUGUCUAAAGAUCUGUUCUACUUGAACUUUUGUUUAAGACCAAAUCGCCUUGUUGUUCUUUCAUUCCUAAAGAGUAUUGGAGCGCUACUUUGGGAGAACCCGGAACGCCGCCUCAUGGUGGUCUCGCGAAACGGUCAUGAGGAUGUUCGCAAAUUUUGGAAACAGAAACGACCGUCCUAA